AAUGGAACUACAUUUGGAAUGGAAUGGAACUACAUUUGGAAUGGAAUGGAACUACAUUUAUCUGACAACUUUAGUUACUUUACAGAUUCAGAUUAUUAAUACAAAAUAUAAUCACAUUACAAUCAAAUUACACAUAUUACAUGGUGCAUUCCAUAUUUAAAACACACAUAUAUUGACAAUUUGUCUAAUUUGUAUUUUUAUUAUUAUUAGUAGUAUUAGUAGUAGUAAUGUUUUUUUGUGUGUGACUCAGGGAGGGCGAGGAGACAACCAGAGAAGAUAAGCUAAGAAACCACACUCAGUAGAGUAGUAUAUAUGCUAUCAUUAGAAAAUGCUGCUGAUCCCAGACCAGCAUCUUCCUCGUGUUAUAGCUCCUCCUCCAAACACUGACGUCACCGAGUCACAGCCGGUGACGCGGUGACGCACCACUCUCUUCUCUUCGUCCCGGAGCAAAGCAUCAUCAAAAUCACCAUCCAUCACCUCCUCUCUCUCUCUCCUCUCUCUGUUGUCUUUUUAAUGUAACUUGUGACUGAUCUGGAGAGCAGGGAGCGUCUGGAAAGCCUGGUCUCCAUCCUGGACUCCAUCACUGAGGACGGAUCUGAUCUGCUCGGUUUCUCUGCUUAAAGCUGGACAAGAAAAGGAUCAGACUGUAUAUCUUUUUGUUUUGGGAGGAGGAUAACAUUUGCUUUCCUCCGUGGAUUUUUUUUUAAAGCACAGCGCUGUGUUGUCUUUAUAUGGAUGUUAUAUUAUCUCGGUUGUGGAUUUCUCCAGCGCGCCUCUGAGCUGUUUGUUCUGCAGCUUCUCUACUUGUGAAGUCGCGCGUUUAUUAUAAUUAGAUUAUUCUUAUGAGCUCUAUCCAUAUUUUUUGGGCGCAACUUGUAUUUAAUGUGUCAAACAAUGACGCAGGUUUAUUGAAUGUGUUGUUAGUAAUUCAUGAGGACAAAUAGUGUAGAAAGGAUCAGAUUGUAUAUUUUUUUGUUUUGGAAGAGGAUAACAUUUUGCUUCGCAUCGUGGAUUUUUUUUAAGCUUAGCGCUGUGUUGUCUUUAUAUGGAUGUUAUUAUUAUCUCGAUGUGAAUGAAGCUUUUCUUUUUUGUUUUUUUCCCCAGCGCGCCUGAAGCUGUUUUUCUGGCUGCUUCUCUGUAAUAAUAAUAUUAUAUAAUUCUAUUAUUUUAUAUGAGCUCUAUUCAUAUUUUUCUUUUGGCGUAACUUGUUUUUUUUUUUAUUUUAAAAUUACAUUUUUUUUUUUAUUAUUGAAUGUGUAGUUUAGUAAUUCAUGAGGACAAAAAAAUAGUGUUGCGUUAAUUAUUGCGUAAAAAAAAAGAAAAGAAAAAGAGGAAAAGUUGUGCGCGUAAAAGUUUUGGAGACUAUAUAUAUAUAUCGAUUAUGGCGAUGGUGGCGUGGAGAAACACGGAGGGCGUCGGGGACACCCAGGGGACACUGUCCUCCUCCUCGGUCUCAUCUCUGUCUCUGCCUGUGGAGCUGUCUGGACACAUGAACCCACAGUCCUCUCUGGAGAUACCUCCAGUAACACCAGCACCACCACCCAACGCAUCCACCACCAACACCACCACAUCCUCCUCCUCCUCAUCUUCCUCCUCCAUGGACAAACAGCAGCAGAGCCAGCACAUCGAGUGCAUCGUCUGCGGGGAUAAAUCCAGUGGAAAGCACUACGGACAGUUCACGUGUGAAGGAUGUAAGAGCUUCUUUAAACGCUCGGUGAGAAGGAACCUGUCCUACACCUGCAGAGCCAACAGGACCUGUCCGGUGGACCAGCACCACCGCAACCAGUGCCAGUACUGUCGCCUCAAGAAGUGCCUCAAAGUCGGCAUGAGGAGGGAAGGUACGGCCUGCAGGCGUCCUCCUGUUGUUGAUAUCGCUGUGCAGAGAGGCAGACUUCCCACUCAGUCUUACCACGGCCAGUUCUCCCUGACCAACGGAGACCCUCUGCAGUGUCACUCCUACCUGUCCGGCUACAUCUCUCUGCUGCUGCGAGCAGAGCCAUACCCGACCUCCAGGUUCGGCUCUCAGUGCCUGCAGAGCAACAACAUCAUGGGCAUCGAGAACAUCUGCGAGCUGGCCGCCCGGAUGCUGUUCAGCGCGGUGGAGUGGGCCAGAAACAUCCCUUUCUUCCCGGACCUGCAGGUGACCGACCAGGUGAGCCUGCUGAGACUCACCUGGAGCGAGCUGUUCGUGCUGAACGCCGCUCAGUGCUCGAUGCCAGUCCACGUCGCUCCGCUGCUGGCUGCAGCCGGACUGCACGCAUCACCGAUGUCUGCAGACCGAGUGGUGGCCUUCAUGGACCACAUCCGGGUCUUCCAGGAGCAGGUGGAGAAGCUCAAGGUGCUGCACGUGGACUCGGCGGAGUACAGCUGCAUCAAGGCCGUCGUGUUGUUCACCACAGAUGCUUGUGGUCUGUCGGACAUGGCGCAUGUGGAGGGUCUGCAGGAGAAAUCCCAGUGUGCUUUAGAGGAGUAUGUGAGGAGCCAGUAUCCCAACCAGCCUAACAGGUUCGGGAAGCUGCUGCUCCGCUUGCCUUCCCUGCGCACCGUCUCCUCUUCUGUCAUAGAGCAGCUUUUCUUCGUCCGUCUGGUGGGGAAAACCCCCAUAGAAACUCUGAUAAGGGACAUGCUACUGUCCGGAAGCAGCUUCAACUGGCCUUACAUGUCUAUUCAGUAGACGGAAAAAGCUACAGUGGAGCUGAUGAGGUCAGGAAAGGUCACACACCUCAAAUCAAGUCAUUUCAGUGCGGCGUAAAAUCUCUGUUGCUUCCGAACAAGGGGGGAAAAAAACCUGCCAGUGGAAUAAGAUAAUUACAGGCAUUUCCAAUUAUCUCAAUUAAUAAUUUUCUUAUGCUGUAACGACUGCCAUUUCCUUGACACCAGAGGAGUGAUCUUCCUUAUGCUGCAUUUUGUCCCUAUGUGUCUACAAAGGUUCCUGAAAUAAAUUUUUCCGACAUUAAAGGAUUCGACUCCACUGGCAGAUUUUUUUUACCUGUUCGAAGAGAAACAGUCAUGAGAUGACUGGUUAUGAUGGACAUUUUUUUGCAGUGUGGUGACCACUCACAGUCUAUGGUUUUUGGGAUAACAAACAAUAUUUAUUGGACCCUGUGUGUAUAUUUAUCGUGCUUGUAAAUUAUGUUUUGGCUCCUUUUUUUAAAUGUUUUACGUAUUUUUGCCCCGGCCAGUCAGAAAGCUGCAGGGAUUGUCUUGUGUCGAUCUGUUGUUUUUAUUAUUUUUUUGUCAUACCUUCCAGACAUGGCACUUUGGACUAAAGGAACAUUUCAGAAAGAUUUAACACAGGUGUUUGAAACCCCAACAUCAUCUGACUUUAUUUUGCUCAGUUGUGUACAGAUUGACUGGUGAGAUUAAUGCUCUGUUUUAGAUACUUUGGAGUCUUAUUCCAUUUGCAUUAUCAACAUACAAAGAAUGAAAAGAAAUUGAGCAAUUUGAAAAAUGCACUUCUCAUGAUCAGUGUUAUAGGUUGCGCCAAGUAAUGCAUUACUCCUUUCAUAGGUAAUAUCAUUACUUUCUUAUGUAAGUAUUUCCUUAAGUAUUUUUAGUUAAUUCCAACAGCUGUAAUUAUUUCCACAAUGCCUAAUGUCUGCUCUUUUUGCCUUCAAAAACAAUAUUUUUUGAUCAGAUACUCAUCAUGUUUAUUUCUCGUCAAAAUUAGUGAAUGUUGCCACUCAGAGAAAUUCAACUUUCCGUUUUUUUCUCAUCUAAACUGAGAGAUGAUGAAAAGGCUAAUUAAAGGGAAAGAAGCUGAAUGUUAGAUAGCUGUAUGUUAAUCCAAUAUUUUCAUAUUUUUCAAGGGGUUAAAUGGGGUUAAAGUAUUAUUCUUUACUUGUUAUAGGGAAAAGUAAUGACAUUACUUUACUGGAUUAACGAUUAAUGCAUUACUGAACACGUCCGAUUCAUUCAUGUUUCACACUGACUUGUCUCAGAGAGAUUUUAAGAGCGCUGAGGCAAUGUAUACUGUAACUACAGUCUCGUAAUGGGAGAAAUGAACUGUACACAACUCCCCCCAGCUCAAGUAACAAAUCUAUUUCAUUAUAAUUGAUGCAUAUAUGAGCCCAGGCCGCUUAAUGGCACAAUAGACCACUGCAGGGUAUUGCUGAACUGAAAGUGUGUGUGCACGCGCGCGUGUGUGUGCGUGUGUGCGUGUGUGUGUGUGUGUGUGUGUGCAAGCCUCUGUGCGAGUGUGUGAGUGUGUGAAUGUGUGUGUAUUUGUGUUUACUUCUUUUUAACAACCACUCUGAUGUACUGUGAAAGCAUAUUGGUUAACAUAUUGGUACCGUAUUAAAUUAUAACUCAAGAUUUAUAAAUAAAGUGUAUUUGGUUUUA